AUGCCGUCCGACGAAUUCUACUCGUACAUCAACAAGUUUAUCAGUACGUUUGAGCGAUGCUAUCGUGACUUCUUGCGUGACCGUGAGUCGGCGGAGCGUGCAGCCAAGCGUGAGGCACUCAAAGCCAAGAAGGCACAGAUGACCAAGAAGCUCACAACCGGACGUGCUUCGAUCUUGAAGAGCAGCUCUUCGAACUCGGUGCAAGAUCCCAACUCUGGUGUCGAUGAUAUUCUUCAGACGGUGAGAGACGGUGAUGCCUUUAAGCAGCGUCGUCAGCGAAAGGUUAAUCCAAAUGGCAGCCAGCGUGGUGACAAAGGUGACUCGGUGUCGUCCAUCGACAAGCUAUUGAACGGACACGACAGUCAGCGUGGUGAGAGAAGUGGUGAGAACGGUAGCAGCAGUAGUAGUAGCAAUGGUAUUGGUGGACCAAAGAAGAAAGAUGUUCAAGUCGCAGCAAAAGCAUUGACCAUAGUUAUGAGAUCAAGACAAAACUACUCAAGAAUAGAUCAAUUUUCAUUUGGGAAUGAUGAAAAACAUUAA